ACUUUAUACAGUUAUACUCCUCUCUCUCUCUCUCUCUCUCUCUCUCUCUCUCUCACUCUCACUCGACGUCGUUUUCAACCGUUUACUAUUUUUUUAAUAAAAAUUAAAAAUGGCGUGUCAACAAAGCCUCCAGCCCCACAAAAACACCGCAAACUGACGUAAACCCUAGUCCAUUUACGAAACUACCCUCAGGUCACGGCGAGUGCAUAUAUUCUCCUCAACACCGCGCGUACGUGUGUCACAGUGUCAGCGUCACUCUAAUGGUGGCUGAGCUUGCUCCUCUAAUUCUUGGCGUUAAUUUUCCCAAUUGAAGCACAAUCGCGCAGCGUGUGACUCGACUAGUACGACAGUUACACUCUUCACUCGGUCAAGCCCCGGCGAAGCGUAACGGUCACAUUACCGUUCCCAUUUUCAACCCUUUCAACACUAAUUUUUUCAACGCACGCUCUCGUUCUCUGCAUCGUCACUUCGAAGUCUGUUCAAUGCUUUAGGGUUCUGAGACUGAGCGUGAAUUCCAAUAACCAGUUUCGAGUUUCCAAUUGGAUUAUCGUUUAUGGUUGUUACCAUGGAAUAAUCAAUAAUAUUAUUAUCAUUACGUUUAGAUUUAUAAUUUUGGAAUGACAAUGGUGGCUGCAAUUUCUACGACCAUAAACUCCAAGCGGGCUUCGACUCCAACACCAACUAGGACUCCUCUGUUACCUUCUGAAUCGGACAAUGCACUCGCUCCUCCACGUAGGCCCAAAGCACGAGAAGUUACUUCUCGCUACAUGUCUUCUUCUUCUUCCUCCUCUUCCUCUGUUUCUUCUCCUCCUAGACGGUGCCAUUCGCCGCUGGUAACCAGGACGGUGAAUUCCACGAGACCAAAGCAAACGCCUACCCCUACGCCGCUGGCAAAGCGGUCUCAGUCAGCAGAGCGCCGGCGGCAAGCCACUCCUCUCCCUACUGGCGGCGGAACUGAAGCUCCGGCUGCACAGAAGGUGCUUUUCACUUCGACGAGGAGUUUGUCCGUUUCGUUCCAGGGCGAGUCGUUCUCGAUCCAGGUCAGAACGGCGAAGCCGCCGCCUCCGCAGCCGCAGAGUUUCAGGAAGAGCACUCCGGAGAGAAGGAAGGCCGCAACGACGCCGACACCAGUGAGAGGAGGAGGAACCGGCAAUUCGGAUCAUACAGAGAAUUCGAGGUCGCUGGAUCAGCACAGAUGGCCGGGAAAAUUACAACAGCAGCACGCGAAUUGCGUGAACAGAGGCUUGGAUUGUGCCGAUUCAGCGCUGAGAAAGCAAACGGAUGCACCGGCGAACGUGGUUAGGUCGUUGCAGGAUCUGAUGGCCGAUGUUCGAGCUUCCCACGACGCGACGCUGAAAUCGGAGAGCAAAAAAAAUGGCGGAUCUGGGUUUCAGCCUGAGCAUGAGGCAGAACCUGUUCCUUCUGAUAACGAAAGCGUGACUUCUGGUAGUUCCUCUGGAGAAGGACAAGUACAACGAGGUUCUCGAGGGACGGUGGUGCCAGCGAGGUUCUGGCAAGACGCUAAUAAUCGGUUACGGCGCCAAACGGACCCUCCAUCUUCUAGAAGCGGUGGAAUUGUAAACAAAGGAAUGGUUACUCCAAAGCUUUUAGUGCCGAAAAAGUUGGGGUUGGAAUGUCCUGUUUCGUCUCCAAGAGGAGUUGUGAGUAGCAGGGUUCAAGGUUCUCCUAUUCGUUCUGCGGUUCGUCCUGCUUCUCCGAGCAAGUUAGCGACGCCGUCAGUGUGGUCUCCUUCGAGAGGAGUGAGUCCCUCACGGGCACGAAACGGCGUCGCUGGUAGUCUGAGUAGUAGGUUCGGUAGCGAACCUUCUGUUUUGAGUUUUGCUGUUGAUGUUCCGAGGGGGAAGAUAGGGGAGAACCGAAUUGUUGAUGCGCAUUUAUUGAGACUCCUCCAUAACAGGCUCUUGCAAUGGCGUUUCGUAAACGCCAGAGCAGACGCUGCCCUCUCGGCACAGACUUCGAAUGCGGAGAAAAGCCUCUACGAUGCAUGGCUAGCUACGUCGAAACUACGGGAAUCUGUCAGAGCCAAAAGAACAGAGUUUCAAUUGCUGAAGCAGCGGUUUAAGCUAAUUUCCAUCUUGAAGGAUCAAAUGGUGUAUUGGGAAGAUUGGGCUACUCUAGAUCCAGUCUACUCUAGUUCCCUUUCUGGCGCUAUUGAAGCCCUAAGGGCUAGCACUCUUCGUCUUCCGGUUGUUGGUGGGGCCAAGGCAGACUUGUUGAAUUUGAAGGAUGCUAUAUGUUCAGCAAUGGAUGUGAUGCAAGCAAUGGCAUCCUCCAUAUGCCUAUUGUCACCGAAGGUUGGGCAAAUAAAUUCGCUGGUUGUUGAAGUUGCCAACUUAAGUGCAAAGGAACGUGUUUUGCUUGAAGAGUGCACAGACCUUUUGUCAGUGAUUAAAACCUUGCAGGUUAGAGAGUAUAGCCUGAGAACGCAUAUUGCGCAACUGAGAUGCUUACCCUGAAGUACAACAGUGAAAAUAACAAGCAUAUAAAUUCGUUAUCUGACCUGCCUUUUUUCAGUGCUAACUUCAUAACAUAGGAAUGGUUAUUUUGCCCCUGAUUUCAAUACAUGAACCGUCGUGAUGACUGAUUGAGAAAUGCUGGAUAGUUCGGGAAAAAAUAAAGUUGCAGAUAGUACGAGUGUUGCGUGGAGAUAUUUUGUGGAACGUUGAUUUUUACUUACGAGAACAACUGUGUAUGGGCGUGCGCCCUGUACUGAUCAAACAGGCUAUGGCGUUUCGUAAAAAGCAAUUCCUCCCAAAUAGUUAGCUCGCUGGUUGAUUAUAUGCUAAAAGGUGAGGAUUUAAAUUUGUUGUUCGGAAUUUCAUUUGUAUACAGUUUUUUCUUUAAAAAAAUUACUUUUCUUGCUGUUUUGUCCUUUUAGUGACAAAGGAUGUACAUAAACUGUGUAGCAUUUAUAUUUUAGUUUUUUUCUCCUGUUUCUUUUUGUAUUUGUGUUCGUAUGAAGUACAAAGUUUGUUAGAAGGCCAACUAGAAAAAAAUGUGGUAUUUGCAGUGCUACUUACUCUUGUAUAUUUCUGAAAAAAAGGCCUUUAGCACAUUUUAAUCGACAUAAUUGAAUAUUUCAUU